GGUUUUCCUAGCCUCCCCCUCCCCCGCUCGGAGCACAGAUGGUACCGUCCGAGAGCCCGGGCGGAGACUGCGGCUGCGCUCCUCGCGAAAGGGCAGGCGUCGCGGGGCUGGCCACUUCCGCACUUCCGCUUUCCGGCCCAGCCAGCGCCCGCGAUGACUGCCACUCUCCGCCCCUACCUGAGUGCCGUGCGGGCCACACUGCAGGCUGCCCUCUGCCUGGAGAAUUUCUCUUCCCAGGUCGUGGAACGACACAACAAGCCAGAAGUGGAAGUCAGGAGUAGCAAGGAGCUCCUGCUACAACCCGUGACCAUCAGCAGGAAUGAGAAGGAAAAGGUUCUGAUUGAAGGCUCCAUCAACUCCGUCCGAGUCAGCAUCGCUGUGAAACAGGUGAGCUCACCGCAGCUCCCUGCCUCCCUGAGAGGCCAGAGACCCCUAUCCGAGAGAUCAUCGUGCCAGAUUCAGGGUGCAGAGAAGCCCAGGCUCUGUUUCCAGGGAAUGAUUUGCCAAACUCAUGAAUUCAGUAGGAUAAAGAAGGAGUAUCCAGGCUAUGACAUCAGUUUUUUGAUCACCAACUUCCACACAGAGCAGAUGUAUAAACACAAGUUGGUGGACUUUGUGAUCCAUUUCAUGGAGGAAAUUGACAAGGAGAUCAGUGAGAUGAAGUUGUCGGUCAACGCCCGUGCGCGCAUCGUGGCCGAGGAGUUCCUCAAGAAUUUUUAAACCAUCUGGCUGGAUCUCGUGGCCAUCCCCCUCAGCCUUCCCCGUGUCUCUGCGAAGGCGUCCUGGAGUUACUCCCCAGAGUGGCAGCAGCGGCGGCAGCAGCGGAGGGGAGCUGAAUCGGGGUGGGCGUUAGAUGCGGGAGGGGGGUGGUGUGCUUGCUAGCUGGGCAACAAAGCAGCAGUGGACCUGCCCCAAGGCCACACGUGCCUGGUCAGGCUGGCUUCUGAUGUUCAGUCCCCUGGGCCGGGACAGAUUUUUUUAACGUCUUGAAACUUAAACUCUGUGCUUGUAGGAGACUGUAACCUUUUUGUCUUUUUUUUUUUUUUUUAAACAAACAACCUCCAUCUCCAGUGGCUGUGACUGGUCCCAGUGAUUGUACCUUAUUGGUCGCUGUGGGUCUGGGCGGGCCUGGAGCCAGAAGGCGACUACUUUUCCUCCCUGGAGCCACCCCAGGUGGGGAGGGAGGGAGGUUUCAGACUCCAGUUCCUCUCCCUCGUCCUCUUAUUUCCUUGGGCCCAGUAGAAGCAGUGGGGACCCUCUGCCAGCUUCCUGAGCUCUGCCUGAAGAUGGCCACCCAGAACUGGCUGGGGACAAGGGCUGAACUGGUGGCCACCAGCCACACCUAGGAGUUGGGCCCUGAAAGCUAGGCAACCUUUGGCUGCAGGGGCCACUUGGUGCCCUCCCAGCUGAGAGGAGCCGCUGUUUCGCCUUGUCUGUCAGUGCAGUGCCUGUGCUAGAGGUGGAGAGGUGAGUCCUCCAGAGCUUCCGGGCUGGGGCCCUUCCGUCUGCUCUGGCUUCUCUGCUCCCACGCUCGCUGUACCUUUUCUUAUUCUGGUGGAUCCUCCCUCCCCUAAUUAAAGUCUUUUCUUGCCCCUUUGGGGCUGCAUGA